UCUUCUUCUUUAUUAUAAUGACUACAAUAGCAAUGACAACAUUUAAAGAUAGAACAAACGAAUUUCAUUCUUUAUGUGAAAGAAAAAGAUUAAGAAACACAACAACAACAAAUGCCUUAGAAAGAAAGGCUCUACUGUCUUCUCCUGAACCAAAACAGCCAAAGAAAACUCAACCUCGCUCUGAAUUUUCAAUGAUGGCAGCUGAAAUCAGUAAACAGAUUACCAAUACAGCAGGAAAACUAGAGAAAUUAACAAAAUUGGCUAAAAGAAAGACAUUAUUUGAUGACAAGCCCGUUGAAAUCAAUGAAUUAACGUUUAUUAUCAAACAAGAUAUUGCGAAAUUAAACAAGCAAAUCGCUAUGCUUCAAGAUUACACCAAACACCAAAAACAGUCUUCAAAACAAGCGGCUGAGCAUAGUUCAAACGUGGUUGUCGCUUUACAAAGUAAAUUGGCAAAUACUUCCAUGAGUUUUAAAGACGUUUUAGAGAUAAGAACAGAGAAUAUGAAGAUGUCCAAAGAUAAAAGGGAUCAAUUCUUAUUUUCAACAGCGGAACAAGUAUCUGAACAUACAUCUUCUACUUUUGCCAAUUCACCACUACUAAAAUCGCGUAAACGAGGUACGCCACCUCCAGUUGUAGAAGAACAAGAGGAGUCAACUUUAUCACUUGGAAUACCUAUGAUCAGUCAACAACAACAGCAGGAACAACUUCGAGUGCUUGAACAGGAUAGAUAUAUUGAUCAUAGAUCAUCGGCAAUUGAGAGUAUUGAGAGUACUAUAGCAGAACUGGGAAGUAUAUUUCAGCAGCUGGCCACGAUGGUAGCAGAACAGAGAGAAACAGUACAGAGAAUUGAUCAGAAUACAGAUGAUAUCGAAAUGAAUGUGAUGGGAGCACAAAGAGAACUAUUAAAAUACUAUACAAGCAUCAGUUCAAACAGAUGGCUGCUUAUAAAGAUAUUCGUUACAAUCAUAUUGUUCUUUUUAUUAUUUACUUUUAUUAUGUAAUAUAGAAAAUAAACAAAAUAGUCAUCCAAGCAUGGCUACGUAUAUCCUUAAAUAAUGAAAGCAGAGCAUUAUACGUGCAAUCAGUAGCUGAAAGAAGUAAACGAUGGGCACAGUCACUACAUCAUCCAUACCACACACGAAACAAUAAGAGCAUCGUCUUAUGGGGCUAUCGUAGUGCACAAUCAUUACGAUCGUUUCGUCAAGGCGCG